GACAAUAUUGAGCCUAACAGUAAGAAGCAGAAAAGGAAAAAACAUCCCUUCUCAAAGAAAGAUAGGCAGAAGGGGGGGGGAGAGAAUGAGGGGAAUUUGGAACUGGACACACCCUUGGGGCUAGUUUUUAAAGGGCAGUUUGGUCACUCUAAUACACUCAUUGGAAAUGACUUUCAUCGCUACAAACUGAUGAGUUUGAGAAGAGCGGUCCUCUUAGAGUUUGUGGAUUUCAUUAGAAUCUCAUAACUUUGGUAUAAGACCAAAAAAAAAUGCGUGAAAUUGUACAUAUUCAGAUUGGCCAGUGUGGAAACCAGAUCGGAUCUAAGUUCUGGGAAGUGAUUGGUGAUGAGCAUGGGAUUGACACCACUGGCAGCUACCAUGGAGAUUCAGCCCUGCAGCUUGAGAGAAUCAAUGUUUACUUCAAUGAAGCCUAUGCUAAAAAGUAUGUGCCCCGAGCUGUUUUAGUGGAUCUGGAACCUGGAACCAUGGAUAGCAUCCGGUCUAGCAAAUUAGGAACCCUCUUUCAACCUGAUAGUUUUGUUCACGGUAAUUCAGGAGCUGGCAACAACUGGGCAAAGGGCCACUAUACAGAAGGAGCUGAACUGAUUGAAAACGUGAUGGAUGUGGUCAGGAAUGAGAGUGAGAGCUGUGACUGCCUUCAGGGUUUUCAGAUAGUCCACUCAUUGGGGGGAGGGACUGGAUCUGGUAUGGGUACCCUCCUUAUGAAUAAGAUCCGAGAAGAAUAUCCAGAUCGGAUUAUGAAUUCCUUUAGCAUAAUGCCUUCCCCUAAAGUCUCUGACACAGUUGUAGAACCAUAUAAUGCUGUACUUUCUAUCCACCAGCUCAUUGAGAACACUGAUGCAUGCUUCUGUAUUGAUAAUGAAGCUCUCUAUGAUAUAUGUUUCAGAACCUUAAAGUUGACAACUCCCACCUAUGGUGACCUCAACCACUUGGUGUCCUUGACAAUGAGUGGGAUCACUACCUCCCUCCGUUUUCCUGGUCAACUCAAUGCUGACCUGAGAAAACUGGCAGUGAACAUGGUUCCUUUCCCCCGACUCCACUUUUUUAUGCCUGGCUUUGCCCCACUGACAGCCCGUGGCAGUCAGCAGUACAGAGCUCUCUCAGUCUCUGAGCUCACCCAACAGAUGUUUGAUGCCCGCAACAUGAUGGCUGCCUGUGACCCUCGCCAUGGCCGUUACUUAACUGUAGCCUGUAUUUUUCGAGGCAAGAUGUCCACCAAGGAAGUAGAUGAACAGUUGCUCAAUGUACAGACCAGAAAUAGUAGUUAUUUUGUGGAGUGGAUUCCCAACAAUGUCAAAGUCGCUGUGUGUGACAUCCCACCCCGGGGGCUAAACAUGGCUGCCACCUUUAUAGGGAAUAAUACUGCAAUUCAGGAGCUUUUCAUCAGGGUUUCUGAGCAGUUCUCAGCUAUGUUCAAAAGGAAGGCUUUUGUCCAUUGGUAUACUGGUGAAGGGAUGGACAUAAGUGAAUUUGGAGAAGCAGAAGGUAACAUCCAUGAUUUGGUGUCAGAAUAUCAACAGUACCAAGAUGCCAAAGCAAUCCUGGAGAAGCAUGAGGAGGCAGAAGUUGAGACAGAACCAGAAGAAAAGGAACAGUAAACAGUGGAAUAAGAGGAAAAAUGCUUAAAUGUGAGGUAACCACUAAAUCAGAUACAAUCAAGAAUUUUGCUUAUAUAAUUUUUGGUGAGUUUUUUUUUUAAAGCUGUUUUGGCUUUUUGCUCCAAAUACAGUGAAGAAUGGACAGCACCUAUUUUUUUUUCUUUGAUAGGUGUUUGGGGAGGGAGUAGGGAAUGAUAAAGGGAAAUAAAUAGAUUAAAGGGUUGAAUUCUUAGUACUGGCAUUUACCAAAAUUAGGAACUUAUAGUUCAACUGUAAACUGCAUGUUAAUCUUUUCAUAUGACAAAUUUGUUGAUAAUCAUUAUAAUUACUUAAAAAGAUAUUUACCAAAUGCCUACAAGUGCUGUGUUAGGCAGCAAGGGGGCUACCUCUCUGAUCUGGUAGAAAAUCAUUGCAGCUUGUAUCAACUCCAAAAUCCAUUGAGGACAUACUUUCUGAUCUACAGGGAGUGUUUUGAGAUUUUUGCUACACAUUCCAAGAUUGUCUGACUUGAAACUCCUGCUAACCAAGCUAUAUAUUUUACCUUUCUGCUGACUACCUGAAACCUCAGAGGAAAUAAGACAAUUUAACUGUUGGAUUUCAAAGUGUAUUUAAAUAGAUACUAGUAAAUCAAAUUUGUAAAAAGCAUUGUGUGUAAGCUGGAAAAAAAUGGAGAAAACAAGAAGCAAGAAAACUACCUCUAAAGUAUAGGUAGCCCCCACAAAGCUUUUAAAUCGUCUUAGAUUAUUAAGUAGUUUUUACAUUUUAUAAGUAUUUAUUUUGGUUAUUAUAGAUUAGAUUCAUGAGAAUAGUAUGGUUGGUUAUUUGUUUUUUUUAAAUUCUUGAUCUACUUUUAUUUAUAUCCAGAAAAUGUUUUGAAAUCAGUUUGGCUUUAGAAAAAGGAAAUAAAUAAACCAACACACACAAAUGUAGCAACUAUUGAAGUUUAGGAAUUAAGCAUUGCCCACUAUGAUGUGCUUCUCAGGAACUGUGAAUAGUCUCUAGUAAGAGAGCAUUCUACAAUAUGAAGAAUAUAACCAUUUUGUAACAUUACCACUUUUUGUAAUACAAUUCGAUCCAUGCAUAGCUGAUGAGGGGGAAAAAACUAUUGUUUCUUACACUGAAAAAUGUUUUUUUUAAGCAAUUAAAUUCCUAAUUUGCUUUAGUAAUUGGCUAGAAUAAAUAGAAGACCAGCAGGAAGUAGAUGGAUGAGGGAAUGGUGCAAUCCGACAAGACUGUAACUUUUUUUUUAAACUAAGGCAACAUGGUUAACACCAAAGCAAAGGAAGCAAUUAAAAGGUCUGCCAAGCAAGUAAGAUCAUCAUUGUUGCUGAUACUUUUCAAUAUUUACAGAAGUCAAAUCUAGUGACCAUUUUCCAUUUGUAGAGGAAACAUUGUAGAAACAAUGUAGAGGAAACACUGAAUUCAUUAAAGGAUUCUAUGUAUAGAAUAUUGCUAGGCACUAAGGGAGAUAAGAUAAAUUAGAUGAAGCUCCUUACCCUCAAAAAUCUCACAUUGAUAGUGAAUAUCUAAUAGUAUAUAAAAGUAACUGAUAUAAAACAGACCAUUAAAAAAUGCCUAAGAGAUAUUCAAAGUGCUUAGGGAGUUCAGAGGAGGAAAAGGUAACAUUCUGUCAGGACGAAGAAAAGCUUUAAAGAGAAGGUAGAAUUUGACCUAGAAUUGAAAAAUGGGUAGAAUUUCAAUAGGGACUAUUAGGAUGAGAGGAAGAGGAAGGGGGGGGGGGAGAUUAAAGGAAAUUUCAGGACUAGACAUAGGGAAAAGCUUUAAUAGAGUUUUCAAAAACAAAAACUCUCUAAUGUUUAAAGUGAUCGUUUGGUUGGAUCAUAGUAGAUCAAGUAAAAUACUAAGAUAAGGAUGAAAAGAGAAGCCAGAGUCACAUUUUGGGAAAUGUUGAGUAGCAGCUAAGAAGUUAUAAUGGGGAAUUGCUAAGGCUCUUUAGCUUCAGAGAAGUGAUGUGAUUAAAGGGUAUAAAUAAGACUGCAGACAAGGGAUGGGUCUAAGUGGGAAAAAGCCUAGAGGCAGUAAGCCUGGUUCAGAAGGGAAAUCAGGGGUCAGAUAAGAGGUAAAGAGUUCAGGAGCAAGAUUAUUAGUCUAAACUGAAAGAAUAAAAGUGAACAAGGUAGAAUAAAAGCAAUUAUUUAGCACUGGCUAUGGGUCAAGCACUGUGCAACAUGCUGGAUAUUCAAAUGGUGUACAAACUUGAGGCAGUCCUUGCCUUCUAAGAACUUAUUUACAAUAAAGGGAGAUAAAACUUAUAGGGAAUAUUGUUGGCUGCUUUGACCUGGGAAUUCAGAAAUGUUGAAUGAAGGCACAGGGGAAUCCAUUAAUUCACUCUUUUUGUGUGCAGUGUUUUUUUUUUUUUAUUGUGGUUCCCCAAAAUAUGAUGUAGGUGUCAAAAAGAUGAUAGGAAUGAAUAUCUGGAUGGGAUGUGAGUAUGGCAAGAUUGAAAGGGGACUGGCUAGAUAUAGUGGACUAUGUGAGUUUGCUCUCAUUUGUCAAUCAGGACAGUUUAGCUCUUGAGUUGAUUAAGCUCCUGUGGAAAGGUUAGAGAGUAUACCAGUUCUCUAGAUGCAAGAAGAUGGCAUGGGUGAUGACUAGAUUGGAUAUAAAAUAUUAAAUUUGUAGAAUCAGUAGUGCUUCCACCAGAUUAGAUGGAAAAGAAUCAAAGAUGACUAAGCAUGGGUGACUGAGAAAAUACUAGUGCCAUUAACAGCAACAGGAAAGUCAAGAGAAAACAAUGGCAGGAUUUAGUGAGAACAUUUUAACAGAUAUUAGGAUGGGCAUAUUACUUGGAUAGGCUUGCAUUUAUUGAAAAAUUAUACACAUGCUUGAGAACUUUUGAUGCAAAAUUUGAAGAAGCAACUAGGUAUGUGUGGCAUAGUAGGAUAGUGCAUUUUUAAUCUAAAAAGACUUGGAUUCAAACGCCCCUCUAGAUUUUUAUAGCUGUGUGAACUGAUAUGUAAAAUAAGGAAGGUGUGAGUAUCAACUGAAAAAGUAUGUAUAAUUCUUUGAAACCUUAAAAUGCUAUAUAAAUGUCAGCUAUUAUCAGCAUGUAGCUAUAUUAAAUAUAUUAAAAUAUUUCUGCUGACUUAAAAUUCUUAUGAAGACUUGUGGCUACAAACAAGAAUAAAAGUCAAAGGAAAUAAGUUUAUAUUCAUUUUUUCUUUGAAUUGUUUAUAUAGGACUAAUCUUUUUUUUUUUGCCUAAACCCUGCCAUUUAAACUGAUUCUUCAUCUGAUUGCUCAAAAAUAUUCCAAGAUAAAUAACUUUCCUACUUUGUACUAUAGCAAUAAAUUUAAAAGGAAAAUAAAAUUUGAACUGACA